UAUAAAUCCGGCGAAAAUCAGAACAUUAAUCGGCGAGAGGCGCUAGAAGCAGCAGGUCCUUUGCUGCAUAGGGCUGGGCGGCGCAUCUCGAAUAUAUACCGACGCCGACGCAACAACUUGAAGCGCCGUCGUCGACCCACAAAAGCUGCGGACGAAUAUCAUAGUGCGGUGAACUGAACCGAAGAGCAGACACGCUGUCCUGCUACUUACCGGCUACCCAAACGCACGUUCCGAUUCGUACGAACAAAACGAAAAUAACCCGCAGUACAUCGACACGACUCGCGACUCUGUUUACUUCCGCGUAUCCGGAAUUCGACCGAACAAAACUUUUUUUAGUGAGUUAAUAGUGACUUUGAAUCGCCUCGGCAUGAUGUUGUGCUUCGAUAAACGUUUAUUUUCGAGAUGACGAGGAAUGGCCACGUUCGCCCUGUUAGUUUUUUCCGUGGCGCUGGCCCUCGCAGCUCCGGAUUGGACAGACUGCCCUAGUCCGUGCCGUUGCACUUGGAGUUCCGGCAAAAAAACCGCGCUAUGCAAAAAAGCCGGUUUCACAGGAAUACCCGGUACUUUAGACGAAGGCAUGCAGGUUCUAGACCUUUCGGGAAACUUGAUUACCAAAUUACCCAAAGCCGCAUUUAAAUCCGUCGGUCUAAUUAAUCUACAAAGAAUAUACUUAUCACGCGCCGGGCUUACAGAAAUUCAUCGAGAUUCGUUUAAGGAUCUUAUUAUUCUAGUAGAAAUAGAUUUAUCGGAUAACGAGAUAACUUCCUUGCAUCCUGAUACCUUUCAUGGGAACGAAAGAUUACGAAUACUAUACCUAAACGGCAAUCCACUUAAACAACUUAUUAAAUCUCAAUUUCCUACAUUACCUCAUCUCAGAACGUUAGAACUGGAGGGUUGCCACUUAGAAGUUAUAAACAAAGAAGCCUUUAUACAUCUCACUGCUCUAGAAACUCUCAAUUUAAAAUAUAAUCAACUGCAAAAUCUUUCCGAAGCUACAUUCAUGAAUUUUGCUCAUUUAAAAACCCUCGCCCUAGAUGGAAAUCCUUGGAGCUGCGACUGUAAAUUGCGAGGAUUCAGAGAUUGGUUUUUAGCCAGUAAACUUCACUCAAUUUCUUUAAUAUGCUCAGAACCUCCAACGUUAAGCGAAAGGCUAUGGGAAGAAGUUCCUUCCGAAGAAUUCGCGUGUCCACCCGAAGUCUUCGCAUAUCCUCAACAACAAGUACAAGCUGAAGCUGGAGGGAACGUAAGCUUCGGUUGUCAUAUCCUAGGCGAUCCCGAACCUCAGGUUUCUUGGCUCUACGAAGGUAACCCGAUCAAUCACACCUGGUUGGUUGUAGAAGCGGAAGAAGGACUUUUGGACAAAUGGGCCAAUAUAAGUAUUUACAACGUAAGUGAUACAGACGUUGGUAGAUACACCUGCGUGGCGAAAAACAUUUUAGACUCGAACUCUGUAAAUGUAAGUUUAGUGCUUCCGGAAGUGGUUACAGCGACGACUCUGAGUAAAUCAGACACCAAAAUCGUGUGGUGGGGUUUAGUGAUAGUGACGAUAACGGUGGGAUUUUCCGCUGUAAUAACAGUGAUAGCAGUGUGUUGUGUUAGGAACAGAAACUCUGGACAAAGGAGACAUUUAAAAUCUAGCGUCAGCUUUACCGACCAAGAAAAAAAGCUGCUUGAUGUUAGUAUAGCUACAACGACUGAUCGCGGCACUGAAAGUUGCGAGGCACUAGGUCCUGAGCAAUUAAAUUUGAUGGAUCCUCCAGUGCAUAUUACGAUAGAAAGGGAGCCACCGUUACCUCCUUUAGCGGUGUAUCCUCCACCUCCUGAAUUUUCUAGCAGCACUCUUCCUGCUGGAGCUUACGGGAAUAUUUUUAUUUCGGUUUCAGUGAGUAGAGAUCCUUCUGUAGAUGUUUCUAGGUGUCCAGAUCUGUUGGAUCUACCCCAUAGGCCGAAGCCCAUCUACCAUGGUAUGGCCACGUUACCGAGGAGGCCGUACGCCAUACCACAUUACGACAACAUGGGACCUAGAGUGACGGCAGGUGGAAGUUCUACGUUGUCGCUUCCUGAUGCUUCGGCUGGCAUUGUAACCGCACCUGUAGUGACUGAGUUGCUCCCUCCCCCGCCGCCCCAAUGCGUUCCGCUCACCCCGGAGUUCGUCUCUCUCUAACCUCCCUGUGGUUAAAUCUUCAAUUAGUGCCUUUGCUCACAUCAAUAUGUUAAUUUGUAACUCUAUAUUUAUCAGCAGGAUGUUGUCACUAAGGUAAUUAAUUAUGUUGAAUUAUUAAUUUUUUAAAAAUGUGAAAACGUAAUAGCAUUUAUGUCAAUUAAAUUAAUGUACUUGUAUUAUAAAUGUCUCGAUCAAAUAAAUAUGCCAUUUUCUCAGCAAACAUGGCCGUAUCUGUGA